ACACAAAGUUUUCCCAUCCUGAGCCCCCCAUCAUGUCCAUAGAGAUCAAUUGGGAAACUCUUACAUCUGGGGUAGACGGGGCUCGCUACGCGGAAAACAUCCGCUCCUUUGUUCACGAAAAGUUCCAAUCCGUUCCCUUCCCCAAAUUCAUCAAAUCGGUCAAUGUACACUCCUUCUCGUUCGGCAAUGUGCCCCCCGACAUCGAGAUCAAAGAACUCUGUGAUCCUUACCCCGAAUUCUACGAAGACGACAACGACGAGUACUCCGACUCCGGUUCCGUCGAUCUGGGUAACGGGCGCCUCGGGGGAGAGGACGAACAGGAUUAUUUGCUCAAGCUUGAGCGGGAGCGGAGGAGGAAGGACAGGAGGGAUGAUGACGGUGCUAUUAGGGGAGAUGUGAGAAGCCCUCCACCCGGAUUGAAUCCCCCGCCAUAUACAUCGGAUGGUAGGACCGGGAUUCGCUUUCGAAACCCGUUUACGCCUGGAAUUCCAGAUACCUUUCCGGGCAGAGUCGGUGUUGCUGGUGUCGCGACUCCACUGUUUCAUCGUGGGGGGAGCAGCUCGAAUCUACACUACUUUCACUCGGCAUUAUCAUCCGGUUUCGCCGGGACGAAUACGCCCACGUUGUCUGCAUUUCAAUCGCCUACUUCACCACAUCCUCCAGCGAGUGAGCCCCAUUCUACUUCCACCAGCUCCGUCCCCUCACGACCGUCUACGGCAGACUCUGGCGGUCUCAUAUCCUCACUAAAUAUCACCGAUCCUCCCAGCGCUGGAUCGAGCCCUCGGGAGCCACUCCAUACCCCGACAUCCGAAGAUUCCCGCCCAAGAAGCUCAUCCUCGCCCGCCGUUCCCCGGUUGACCGAGCCCCGAGACCAGGAUACCCAGAUAAUGGCCCGUGUCCGGUACUCAGGAGAUAUCCGACUGGAACUCGCAGCCGAACUACUUCUCGAAUACCCAAUCACAAAUUUCGUUGCCCUGCCAGUUCGUCUCGUAGUCACCGGGUGUAAAUUCGAUGGGUUGGCCUGUCUGGCAUAUAUUCGCCGACGGGCACACUUUUGCUUCAUAGACGAAGAACAAACACCUUAUCCAGACAAUGACGAAGAGCUCGCUCGGCUUCAUACAAAGAGUUUGUUGAAAGAGAUCAAGGUGGAGAGCGAAAUUGGGGAAAAGGGGAAAGGCAAACAAGUGCUUAAGAAUGUAGGCAAAGUGGAGCGAUUUGUGCUAGAGCAAGUUCGCCGAAUCUUUGAAGAAGAGUUUCUGUUUCCGAGCAGUUGGACCUUUCUAGUCUAAUGUCACUUACUCUAUAGUGAAUCUAAGUUACCCCGGCCGUAAAUUCAUGACUGCGCUGUAUUAAUACGAUACCACACACAAAGACAAGACAAAAAACCCCUCCUGCGAAAAAGACAACCAAUCAACAACUACCCCUCCUCCUCCCUCCCACCUCCACCUCCAGGUCAACCCUCCAAACUCUCCCUCUAGGCUCCGUAUCCCCAGCGCCCCGAAGCACCCCAUACUUCCGUCUCCCUAAUCCAGCAGUCCUCCGAUCGUACACGAACCCCCCCCCUACAAGCUGGCACCUGUCCCGGCAGAAAACCUUGCCGCCAAUGACGCACUUGCUCGGGGCUAUACCCGUAAUCAACAUGUCCCCAAGGUCCACCGCGGCGCAAGCGCUCCAUGUUGUUGCGGUUAUCUAAGUGCGUGAGGACUUUUCGACGGGAUGCGGAUAAUGGAGUUGGCGGUGGUGCGCAGGGAGAGUGCGGUUGCCGGCCCGAGUGAGAUUGGCCCAUUUCUUCCGUGGGGUGGGAGUGUUUAUCAGGUGGGAGUUUUGUUCGGAUAUGUGACGGCAGUUCGAGGGAGUGAUUGCUGAUGGGUGUCGAGAGAGAGCGGCAGGUAUCUAGGCCUCAUGGGAGGCAGGUUUGUGCGUUUGGGCUCACGUCAUGCGAUUGCGUAUCUUUGGAACCAAGUCGGUCGUGUUUGGUAGGAAAUUAUUCCACUUUUCCCGCAAGUAGGCCGCUACCGUACCUCCAUGCAAGCCCCCGGCCACCAGACGGCUGCCAACCCCUCUCCAGUUCGCCGGGAGAGUGUAUCACGAAGAAUCAAUCGAUACGCUUUGAACCCGUUUGUUGUAAGUCUUGUGACAUCACGAUGGAUCACUUUCGGCUAUGGGUUGUCACCUGCAGUUAGGUUCCUUCUGCCAGCUAUUAUUUCUGUAUUUUCAUUCGUUCUCUCACAUACGUGCAAUUAUACAAGAAACUCCACUUAUGUCACAACAUGUUGCGAGGCUGGAGUAGCUCUGUUGCCAUAUCUGUUGCCAUAUCAUCUAUUAUCUACUAGUCCAUCCAUACUCUUUUGAUUUUCAUUAAAUACUACAUACUUGGGAUAUGUCCUAGUUUCUACAGUGCCUCAUCAGAAGUGUUCGUGAUCUGAGACAUGCUUAAUUGUGGUUGUGCCAUGGGGCCAGUGGGACGGGUAGGGCAGUAGUGGGGUUGUCAAUGGCAUGCGUGUACACUGUGAGCACGAUCAGCCCUCAAUGAUCAACAGUUAAUUAUCAAUGUACUAUCUAUAUUUUAGAGGAAUAAAAUAAUAAAUAAAACUAGC